GGGUGGGGAAAGCCUGGACAGGGGAAGAGCGAUGAUUUCAAAGCCUAUCAGGGCUGCCGCGCCAAUUGGCUGCGAGUGAGAGGCCUUUUCGACUCAGCCGCCCUCAGGCAAUGUUGAUUGGUUACUGGAACUGACAAGAAAGAGUGCACACAGACCCCCGCGCAGGCUAUACACCAGUUCAAAGCAGAGUCGUAGAGUGUGUAAAAGCACACACGUCAAGGCAGCGCCGUAUUGGUGAGGGAGGGCUUCAUCAGACAUAUACAGUGCUUCAAACCCGAGGAGCUAAAGCAGGUCUCCAGACAGUUGAACGCCUUUGUUCGGUGCAGGGAACAGUGUGGACAUCUCCGAAGUGGCUCCCAAGGCCUUUGCACCAUGUCCCACGGGAGAAGAUUUAUGUCAAGCGGCUGGUUGUGAAGAGCAGGAAAACCGUCACCCUUUAAAUAAAAUCCGGAGGUGCCGUGAGAUGUGAUUUGCCACCAAAGAAACUAUCUUCUCAUUCGUACACGCCUUGCUGUUAGCGGGACCCCGCUGGCGUGGAUUAACUCCGACGUUUACCUGUGUGGGGACCGGUCACUACGCUUCAAGCUACUUUCUACUAAGCAAAGGGGCGACUGGCCUGCUCUCUGUAUGCUCAGGCCCAAGACCAGGGAUGGAAACCCGCCCUGCGUCGGCCUGGCUUCUGCUCCUGAGCCUCAUUGCUGACUGCCUGAAGCUGGCUCAACCUCGGGAUUUCACAGUGAAAGACAUCAUCUACCUCCACCCUUCAACAACACCCUAUCCCGGUGGCUUCAAGUGUUUUACUUGCGAAAAAGCGCCUGACAAUUAUGAGUGUAACCGCUGGGCUCCGGAUAUCUACUGUCCAAAAGAAACAAGGUACUGUUACACAAGGCACAAGAUGAACGAUAACGGUGACAGUGUGUUGGUCACAAAGCGUUGUGUGCCAUUGGAGAAGUGUCUGUUUGUGGGUUGCACAGGACCUGAUUAUGAAGGAAACAAGGUUUGCACUUCGUGUUGUGAAGGGCCAAUCUGUAACCUCCCGUUACCCAGAAACACUUCGGAGGCAAUAUUCACAACGACAUCUCCCAUAAAUCGAACAGUUCGACACUUGCACAGCUUGGCGAUGACUUUAACGUGUAUGAUCAUCCUGACAUUGCUCAGCGUAUAGCCGGCCACUGUACAGUUGACUUGUACAGUUUCCCCAUAUAUAUAAUAUUUAUUUUUGUACAAUACAUUUACGACAGCGAAAUCGUCUUAUUCUAUUGCUGUAAAGAAAGGUCGAGAAGUCUCUUAUUUUCACGUUCGUUGGAAAUGUUGAUUAAAAACUAUGUUUUUUGUUCUGUUGAAAAUAACGUGUUCGAUUUUACGACUUUCGAAGCAGUUUGCACGGGUUAUGAAAGUUUGAAAGCGGCAAUUGAUGCAAGUCCUGUAUUUGCGGGUUAUUUAUUUCUUAUUGUGUUUGCGUUCAGCUGAGUGAGCGAACGGUUUAAUUAAUGUGGCGAGGGAGGACCGCUUGGCAUUCAACACUGAUAUUGGGUUGAACCUCACCUACGUACCCUCCGUAUUGAUCUGUGCGAAAGAAAUCAAUGGAAAGAAAAAUUCCAGCCUGAAGGAGAGCGAGUUCAUCGAAAGUUCACAAACCGUCAGCUCAAACAUUGACA